AUGAAUAAAGUAGCUUAUCUAAAAAGAACAUAGACUGCAGGAAAUGCUUUUCGAUCAAGUCAGGAGAAGGAUUUAAAAUCAUAAACAUUUACUAAGAUUACAAAUUAAUAAGAAGAAGAGGCCAAUCUAAAUAAGUAACUCUAAACUUUGCAUGCAAAGAGGGAUGAAUUGAAGGAAUAAAUUCAGAUCAAAGAAAAUGAAAUAGAAAAGAAGAGGAGGCAAAUAUAUGAAUAAGAGAGGGGUAGUAGAUGGGGAGAAAAUAGAAAUCAAAAAUAAAACCAAUAAAAUUCAUAAAUGGACAAAAAGUUGAAAAUGAGAAGACAACCUUAAAACAUUUAAUUUAAUCUUGCUUAUUUAUAUUAAAAGGAGAAUGAAAUGCUAAAUGAAACAGUUUAACUUAAAAAUGAUAUAAAUAAAAUGAGAAGGGAGAAAGAAAUGUUUAAGAAAAUCCUCAAAUAAUUAUAAGAAGAUUGGAUUGCUCACCAUGAGAAAAUGCUUAAUAGAAGUCAAGAAUAAGAAAAAGCAUUCCAAAGUUUACAUUAAGAAAUGAAUACAAUCAAAUCAUUAAGAUGGAAUGAAGCCUAAGAAUAAAGAAAAUUUGGCAAAGAAUUCAAAAGCAUUUAUGAUAAAUUUAAAGAAUCCAAAUCUCCUGAACAUCAGUCUAAAUCUAGGGAGAAAAGUAGAGGCAAAAAAGAAACUGAUAAUUAUAAAAAAUAGAAACAUAGAAGUGAUAGUUAUGAAAGAUAUAGUGGUUCUGAGGAGGAUGCAGAUGCUGAAGAUUUGAAAUAUGAAAUAUUACAUAUUAAUGAAAUGGCUGAUAAGAAAAAGAAAAAAAUAUUAGAAAGAGAAUAAAAAGCAUAAUAAAAUUAACAGGAAUAAUAAGCACUAGUGGAUUUACAAUCUGAAGUUCAAACUUAUGAUUAAACUUUAAAAUAAUUAUACAAUUAGACUAAAUCAGAAUAAAUUGAUGAAAUUGUUAAUAUAUUUGUUGAAUAAGAAGAACAAAAUUAUGGGGCUUUUAAAUAUAUUUAUGAAUAAUCUGAUGAAUUGGAAAUGCUGUAAAAAUAAAAUAAAUUAUUAUUGAUGGAGAAAUAAGAAUUAGAAAACAGAGAUUAAAAAAUUAUGGCUGAUUAAAAAUAUAAGUAGAAAUUGUAAUUUGAGGAAAAACUAGUCAAAAUCAAGGCAAAAUAAGAGAAAUUAUAAGAGAAACUUUAUGAUAUAUCUAAAAUUCUUAAAGAGUUGAUGAUCAGUAUCCCAAUUAUGUUUGAACGUAUUGGUUGCAAUUUAAAGGAAUACAGUUAAUUACUAGGACCUAAAUUUAGUUUUAAAGAAAUGGAUGAAGAUAAAUUAUUAAAAGUAUUGGGUGUUAUUGAAAUAAGAACUAAUGAUAUUUUACAAAUGCAAGAUAUUGCAUAAAACCCACGUCAUAAUUUUAUGAAGAAAGAUGCUAAACAAUCUAAUUUUAUUAAAAUAGAUGACGGAAAUAAUUAAGGAGAUAAUCCAAACGAUGAAUUAUUACAAAGAAUACUUGACAAAUUUAAGGAUACUGAACUCUCAGAAUAGUAAUUUUCCAAAGCUCAACUUAGAGACAUUGCAGAAAAGCAUAUAAGAGCAGGAACUGGAAAGAAGAAAAGAAAUUGA